AAGAACAAAUUCAGCGGUUGCGAUUUGAAUUACAAUUGUUACCUACUUGCUAUUACACUUGACAAUUCGCAAGAUACAAUUGUGUUGUUUAGUGCAUGUGGCAUUGUGAUGUGUGUUUUUGGAGGAUUUGUUAAUGUUGUUGGAUAUUGAAUGGAUACUUUGGCAACAACGAAUGAACACGGGAUACGUGUUGUGCAUGAAGGCCUACAAAGAUGGUAAGAAGGAAACCUGAACCAAGUAGAGGUGGUCCAUAUGGCGCUAGCACCAGUUCACCACAGAGUACCCUUAAAAGAGGAGUAAUAACACGUAGUCGGCACCAAUACAUUCCUCAAAGAGAAGUAGAGGCACACGACCAGCCCCACAGCGAUCCUGAGAAUGACGUACAAACACCUGAAAAACGGUUCUCCAGAAGCAGCCUCUUGCUGCAGGGUUCAGAAAGUUCAACUCGUCAGGUGAAAAGGAAGAGAACAACAAAACCUGGCUACAAAGCACUUAAAGAGAUAAGGAAGUAUCAGAGAUCAACUCAACUAGUAAUACCAAAGAUACCAUUUGUCCGUUUGAUUAAAGAGAUUCUGAUGACUGUUUCAAGAGAAACCAAUGUUAGCAGAUGUGCUUUGGACGUUGUUUGGAAGCAAGCAAAUCAUGCCAUCGUAUUAUGUUGGCAUGGACUUAACCUUGUGAUGAUGAAGUCCAACAUCGUCUCUUGUUUUCUGCAGCAUGAAAAUUGAAAGAUCUGCUGUGGAAGCUUUGCAGGAAGCAGCGGAAAUGGUUAUUGUACAGUUAUUUGAAGAUGGCAUGCUCUGUGCAGUACAUGCAAAGCGAGUAACAUUGUUAUCUCGUGAUAUUCACCUAGUUCUCAGGCUGACGGGAACUCGUGUCUUUGGGACGAAUUAAUGAUAUAUGUCUUCAUUGGAUACAUUUGUUGUGUUGUAAUUUUCUUUUAAUGUAUGACAGCAUCCUGGUUCAUGGAUACUAUUUUAACAGUUAAGUGCCAUCAUUGACUUUGGAAAGUGGUUUCUCUAUGUAUACCAUUUUCAGUUGUCAUUUAUGAAAGUAAUCUAAUGGUGUUAAGUUUUAUAAUAAUUUAAAAGUCAACAGAUUAUUUUUAUAUAGAAGCCAUCAAUAGUAAAUACAAACAUAUUGUGAUUUUCUUAGCCUAGACUGGUGAAACUGUGAAGUGUGCAUGUGCCUUUCCUCAUAAAGUUAUGACAUUACAGAAAUGUACAGGUUAAUCUUAGAACAGAUGGAUUUGUGAUGAGGGGGGGGGGGGGGGGCACAGACAAGCUGGGUCUGACAGUCCCACAUUUUAUUUAUAUUCCAAAAAAGACAUAAAUAUUAAGCAGCAGUGCCAAAACUACGUCUUUUACUGAUAUUUGUUUUUAAAUGUACCAUAUGUUGCCUUAAAAAUAAGCUUGUGUUCCACCAAAAAUCUGAAAAUUAAAUUAUUCAUUAUGUAGAAACCUUCGUAAACAUUUACACAUUAUAGUGCAUAGCAUGAGCUAAUAAAAAAUGAUUCACUUUUUAAGAUGUAUGUGUUACUGAUCUGUACUGUCUACACUAUCUUUGCACAACAUUACAGAGUAGGGCAGACCCAGACAUUUUCCAUAACUUUUACAAAUUUUUUUGUUUGAUUGUCUUUGCAUUUAUGUCCUCAUUCCCGUUUGGAAACACUUUCUCCUCAGUGUUAAUCGCAUAUAGUUGUGCUGAAUGUUUCUUGGGAGAUUCUUCUGGUUAGCUGUCUGUGCCAUGUCUGUUUUAUCCAUACCAAAUCCAUUUGCUUGAGAAAUAGCUUUAUUGAAAUACCAAGUACCGUGUUUUCUUUGUGUACAACAAACGAAUUUAUACCAGUAAUGUUCAAAAUAGCAUAAAACAUAUACAAUGGCCUGAGUCUUGUUUGCCUUCCAAGAUUAUAUUCUGAGCACCUGGCAUCAACUUUGUCCACUCCACUCUGCUGAAUUAUAGAACGUGACUCUCUCUCUUGCCUUCUUUAAAUAGUCUGUUUCUUCAUUGAUUUUAUUGUUUGUAUGCAUCAGCAGAGUUACGCAUCUAUUUUUAUUUUGUACAUAUGACACCAAUAUGAAAUCAUUGCUAAAUACGAAUAUGGAUGAAUGUAGUUUUCCAUUUUUGUGAGACAAGAAUUCCAAAGGAAUUUUUCCUUUAUUGUUGCUGUGUAAGGUUGAAAUCUGCGAAGUUUUCUAGCAAGAUUGUUGCUUUUGAAUGAAUUGUCAAGGCUAAUAUUCCUCCCUGUUCCUUUCAUUGGCUCUACAAGCCUGACCACAACAUUGUUAGCUGCAUUUCUCACUUUAAAAACCUGCAAGUUACUAUUCCACAUAUACUUCCAAAUUUUUUUCAUCUGCCAAGAUAAAUAUUUUGAUCCCUAGUUUCCAUGCUAUGAAGCAAUAAACGUUCUGAAAGAACAUUCCAAAAAGAUAGUAACAUUUCACACACUGUAAGAUAUUCACUUGUUGCAUAAUGUCUUCUGCAAAUUUUUGUGACUCCCUUCAUAACAUCACUUAUAGGGACUAACUUCUCACUUUCUUUAUGUUCUUGGCUUAUAUUGUCCAAUCUGACACUUCUCAGAAGAAAAAAAAAUCUUUUCAGUGACAUACUUGGAGGAAUGAUUUGUUCCUAUGCCACAAGAGUUCAUAUUUGUUUUACUGCCGUGAAUAAAUGUACAAAAGACUCAAAAAUGCUUUAAACUCCUCUUUUUUUUAAGUUUCUUGUAAUAUGUGGGUCAUUUUUGUAAAAAGAUACUAUGUGAGCUACUUACGUAUUUGUCCUCUCUAAUCAAAUGAACAGUUUUCAGGCCUCGACAGUGAUGUUAGCUUUUCUGGCUCAGUCACUGAUACCAAGCAAAUGUGUAACUAUAUUGUAAGAUUUGGAGUGAACAUUUUGGCUGGGAACAUUUUUCAGGCAUUUAAUUUGUACCUUUCUCCACAAACUGUAAGAUAGUGAUUCACUGGAAGAGGGAUUGCAUCUAAUCAUACUAGUUUAUAGAGAAUGUCAAUGUUAAUGAAUGUACUCAUAUUUGUGACAGGAAUGUCAUUAUCUUCAUUGACUGAGAGACCCAGUUUGUCAGUUCUAGGGUGAGUAGCUAACAUGCCAUUGUCAAUUAAAAAAAUUGUUUUUAAGCCUUUUUUUAACCUCUUUGUGUAAAAAUGCAGAUACUGUUGUGUUCUGUCCGGUUAUGUUAAACAGUCAAGUGUAAAAAUGAAGGGUCAGUCUAGGCCUAGAAAAAUAAUCUUUAUAUUGAUUUUUUUCUAUGGAAAAUACACUUUGACAAUCGAAGGAGAUCAUUUUCCUAUGUCUUUUUAUAAUCACUCUCUUAAAGUAAUUAUGUAGUCAAAUAAAAACAUGUGCAAUUAUAUUUUUCUAAAAAUAAAUAUAAGACUUAUAAGUAUGGUAGC